AUGUCCUUCAACGAUGCGCCUCGGCUGGAGUCACAGCCCACAACAAUGCGACGGCAAGAUGACCCGCAGUACGCCGACGAUCCCGAAUUCCAGCGAUACACCGUGCAACUCAGCGAUAAGCUCUUCUCCCUCACAUCCAACAUCUCCAAGCUCUCCAGCCAAGUCGCCACGCUUGGGACAAGACGGGAGACAGAACGUGUCCGGGAGCGGGUGCAAGAUUUGCUGCAAGAAACAGGCGAUGGCUUCAAGGAAGUCGGAGAGGGAUUGAAGAAAGUCCAGAACUGGCAUGAUAUGGGUCCCAGCCAGAAAUACACCGCUGGCAAGCUGGGUCAGGAGUUCAGGGCGAGCUUGACGGAAUUCCAAUCUCUUCAGCGCCAGGCUUUGGAGAAACAACGCGCAAGCGCAUCCGCGGCGCGUACAGCAAUCGAUCAAGAAGGCGUUAAUUCACCUGGCGUAGGCGGCCAACAACAGCAAUUUCAGCAACAAGAACAGCUUCGUCUCGCGGAUCAAUCGGAUGUAGACUUCCAGGAGAACCUCAUCAUCGAGCGCGAGUCGGAAAUUCAAAAUAUCGAACAGUCUGUUUCGGAACUGAAUGAACUUUUCCGCGAUGUGGCUACGAUGGUACACGAUCAGGGACAGCAGCUGGAUACGAUUGAUGCGAACGUCAUGCAGACGAGGGAUGAUACAAGGAAUGCGGAUAGUCAGCUGAGGACCGCCAGUCGGCAUCAGAAGAGCGCGAGGGGGAAGGCCUGUUGUCUAUUGAUAAUCUUGGCAAUUGUGUUGGCGCUUAUAAUUGUCGCAGCGGUCCUGGGUUGA